CGGCCCGCGGGCGGCCCCGAUUGGCGCAGCCGGCGCACGUGGGGCCGCCCUCACGCCUCGGCGCUGGCAGCGCGGCGGCGGCCGCCGCGGGGCACAGCUCGGCGCGGCACUCCGCUCCCCGCGGGUCUCCGCGCAUCGCCCGCGCCGCUGCGGCGAGCAGAGGCGAGGAGCCGGCGGGAAGGCAGGCAGGCACGUAGGUAGAGACCAGCAGUCUGCUGUAUCUGUGAUCUACAAUGAACGCCAAAUCUGCAAUCAGCAAAGAAAUUUUUGCCCCACAUGAUGAAAGGAUGCUGGGAGCGGUCCAAGUGAAAAGAAGAACAAAAAAAAAGAUUCCUUUCCUAGCUACUGGAGGUCAGGGUGAAUAUUUAACAUACAUCUGCCUGUCAGUGACGAACAAGAAACCAGCUCAAGCAUCUAUUACGAAGGUGAAGCAAUUUGAAGGCUCUACAUCUUUUGUCAGGAGAACGCAGUGGAUGCUCGAGCAGCUUCGCCAGGUCAAUGGUAUAGACCCUAAUCGGGAUUCCCCAGAAUUUGAUUUACUAUUUGAAAAUGCUUUUGACCAAUGGGUAGCAAGCACAGCUUCAGAAAAAUGCACGUUCUUUCAGGUUCUACAUCACACUUGUCAGAGAUACCUUACAGACAAGAAGCCAGAAUUCAUCAACUGCCAAUCUAAAAUUAUGGGAGGGAACAGCAUACUCCAUUCAGCAGCAGACAGUGUGACAAGCGCAGUACAGAAGGCAAGUCAAGCUUUGAACGAGCGUGGUGAAAGGCUAGGUCGAGCAGAAGAAAAGACAGAGGAGCUGAAGAACAGCGCUCAGCAGUUUGCAGAAACUGCCCACAAGCUUGCCAUGAAGCACAAAUGCUGAGAUACUGCCCAAAGUUGAAAUCCUCCCGAGAGAAACUGAAAAGGCUACAUUCAGCAACUUUUACAGGAGAUCCAGACUUCUGUGUGCUUUUUUUCUUCCAGUUCAGUGGAGAUGCAUUCUUUCAGUUUCUGUGCAGGAAAAAGUGUUGCAUUUCUACCUUUUUGACUUACUUUUGUUCCUCUUUUGUAAUAUUGCUACACAGUCCUGCAGUACUUUCUACCUGUAUUUCAGUUGUUACAGGAGUGAAAGCAAACAGGGGAACUGGACCAAAUGACAAGCUGAUCAGGAUUAAAAUAGUAAUAUUCUUCCCCAGUUGUACAGCAAAUUAUUUAACUGGUUGCGGACGUAUGUGUGGAAAUAAAAUGCAAAGGGGUAUACUUUUCUUCAUUUUAUGUAGCAUCAGCAGAGUGUGAAUGUUGGAAUUAAACACCUGGGGUUGUAACUGUAGCGGAGAAUAGACUGCUUUGUCCUGGGAAACAGAAAAACUUGUUUCUUCUGUCCAAUGUAGGAAGUUUUGUAUGUGCCGUCACCAGCAUUCAGAAGUGCACAUCUGAAUUCCAUAGGGGAAUCUGUUACCAGUGCUGCAUUUUGAAUAUUCCUGUUUUCCCUUCUGGAUUGAUUAUUUGAAUAGUAUAAUGAAACCUACAGAAUGUAUGCUUGAGGUUUCAAAAUUGAAGAAAAACGUAAUUUUUACAUCUGUACACACAUAGCUGUGCCUCAAACACAAUCUAGACCUUAGCAAUCUGGUAUAAAAUAACAUUUCAUUUUCUUUUUACCUGUGAUUCUGUGGCUAAAGGCCUAUGUAAAUGAGAAUGCAAAAGCCUGAGAAUAUGAGAAUGCACUAUUUUCCAAGUCUUCUGUUUUUCAUAACUUCUACAGUAAGACUUUUUGGAAACACUUCAGAAAUUUGUCUGAUUAGAAUGACUUUUGUGUUCGCUAGUUGUCUGAUUUUUAAAAUAGAGGCUUUCAAAAAGCAUGUCUUGGUACAGUAGAGUCAUAACUUCUAGUUUGGGUCUCAAUUUUCAAUAUAUAUUAUCACUGGAAGGGUGACUCCCUACUUCAUUCUGUAUUCACUAUAUGCAAUAUGUGCACUGUAUUCUCUUACAAAAAUAAGUAGGUUACUCUUUUUCUUCACAGCUGUUUUCUUAACACUUUUGUGAUGUUCUAAUACACUUCUAGAAUGAAGAAAAAAAGAAAAGAAAAAAAUGGUGCACUUCUUUCUUUAUUUUUGGUUUUUGUUUUGUUUUCUUUUUUUUUUUAACUGGUAAGCUAGAAACAGAAAUCCUAGCUGAAAUUUCAGCCUUCAUCUUCUGAAGAUGCCCGCUCUCCUUUUUUUUUUUUUUUUUUUUUUUGCCCUCAUCUUACCUGAAAGCCAGAAGCCAGGAAGCUGGCAUUAUAUGAAUGUACUGUAGUUUUAAUUUACAAUGUAGAAUAAGAUUUUUGCAUUAUUAAUGACACUUUAAGCAGACUAAAAUCCUCAGAGCAGUGCUUGUAAGAGACAUAAAAGCUUCUGUAGUAAUUGAGAAUAUUUUAGUUACUGCAAGCUGCGGUAACUGCAAGUCUCUUGGAAAUACCCAUUUUGUAAAACGUUGCUUGGCUUUAGGAAGACAUUUGCAUUUGAACUGAGGACACUGUCUGGUUAACUAGUUGCAUUCAAACUUUACAUCUAUUUUUUUUCCCUGUAAUUUAAACUGUUUUGUAUGAAGCUUUUUAUUUAAUUUCACGCUGGGAAUUGAGAGAAGGGGUAAGUUUUUCACCCGUGUAGUACCAUACGAUCAUGUAGAUCUACUUAGCAUCAGCUCUAACAGUUGCUACAUCCAGCACCGUCAACUGAAAAGGAAUUUGGCUACAUCUGUGAUAAAACAGAACAGGCUUAUUAACAACGUGGGUUCUGAACACUCUGUUGAGCUCUGGUACCAUUAAUGCUUGCCCUGGACAUGUCAGUAGCUUUCUGAGUGCUAUUGUAAUGAUUAUGGGUAUUUCCGCGAAUUAACCAGGAAAACAGUCCCUCAUUAGAAAUUAAAUUUCUGCUAAAGAUAAAAUGUUAGGCUAUUUUUUUUUUAAAAUAGCUGCAUUAGAAAUCUGUCAGGGAGUACACUUUUGACCACGUAGCUAUCUUCUGUCGUCAUCUUUUUCACUCUUACUUUUUUAAGUAUAUUCUGCUGCUAACCUCACAAGUCUUUCUUUUGAGAGAAAGAAGGAAUAGGUUUUGAACUGCUGCCAUCUAGCUGGUCUCCUAAGCUUGUCAAUAAUUUAGAAGAAAUGUCUAAAACCCAGAUCAGAUAAACCUGAAAAGAAUUACUUGUGUAAAUUCAGAUAAAAAGGCAUAGGUUUUCAGGUGUUUACGUGAAUGUCAGCUGAACAGGACAAGGUCACAGUUGCACGGCUAAGUUCCAGACCUUUCGUGAGUUGAACUGUUCUAAAACAUUACUUUAGUCCCACUGACAGUUUUCCAGAUUUUUUGGUUUUUAUAUCCUCCGGUUAAGUGUAUUGUGUUACGUAUCAUAACUCAGGACUUCUAUCCAGCCAUCAAAAGCCAUUUAGUAUGGGAAUUCUAAGUAACCUAGUGUUAUUGGAUGAAGGAAAAGCGGAUUGUCUGUGUUUACUUUGUUCUUGCUGUUUGUUAACAAACUACAAGAUUUGGUAGUUUUUAGAAAUAAAAAAUAAAAAUCAGAGGUGUAUAAAUGUCUAUCCAAAGGUAAAUCUUAGAGCGUUGCAAUUUCCUUCUGGAACUUAGCUUGUAGUGUAUACAACCUAGUAUUAUUAGAUAGUCAUGUACAUAACAUAUACUAUAAUUCAGGUUAAUGUUUCAUAUGAACGAAUGUAUUUGUAAAUUGUAACAACAUCAAUAGUUUAUCUUUUUAAAUUCCUGCAAAGAAUAAAAAUAAUGUAUUGUUAGACUUGACUACUGUACUGCAAACUCUGUCUUAAAAGGCUACUUUUGUGUCUAGCAAAAGUUGUGCAUUAUGUGAAAUAUUAACAAAAACAUGCUCUCUGAAAAGUGAUCUUAAAGGUAGGUAGGUUUUGCUAUGAUAUGCCAGAAUUGUAAUACUUGCUGGUAUCUGUUGUAACCAAUUUCUUGAAAGUUCUCAAAGAUGUAGAAAUUAUUUUGUGCCAUUCUGGGGGAAAAAAGUGGGACCUGCUCUCUUGAGUCAUUACUGGAAACCCUGGUUUUGUCAUUAAAUACUUUAACUGUGAUGAAAAGAAAACUGUCCUUGGAUUAUUUGAUCUAUUCUGUCUAUCCCUCUAUUUGGUCUAUUCAAAAUAGAAAUUAUUUGUAAAUGAUAUUUUUAUAUUUCGCUCUAGCGGAAUUAUAUUUCACUCUAGCAAAACUGAAUAAAAAUGAGUUCCCACUGUAAUGAUGAAAACUUUCUAGAGAAAGAAUACUGUAAUUAAAAAAGAAGUAGCGGGAGCAAGGUUGAAGGAUUUCAUGCUGAAGCAGAUUCCAGACGACAGUUAACACAGGUUGAAGUUAGCAUCCUGCCUAAAGGCUGUACAGGUUAAGAAGAACUUUGGUGUUAAUUUUGCUUUCAAUUUGCUAUAAAAUGCUUGUUCUCAUAUCUUUAUUGUUUUUCUUUUGGUCAUCUAACUUUAUUGAUAUUUUUUUAUCAAACCAAAAGCAAUUUUAAUUGCCCUGUGGGAAUAAAACUAUAAAGGUAAAGUUGUUCUACACAGAGAGAAGCAAUCCCAUAUAUUCCAGUGAGAGCUACUUGCACAAGAAUCGUAUUGAAUAUGAACUGGCUGCUGACAUCUCUCUUUUUCAGGCUUAAACAUGGUCCCUCAGAUCCUAAUCUCAAAAAUGUCCUGUUGACGAAUACCGUCAACU